UUCCUGCUCAAAGUGAACACAUCGGCCAUUGGGGAUAAGUUGAAGACAUUAGAGCUAAAAGGCAGCUAGUCCAGAACAAGACAAUCCCCUAAUAAUUAUUACUAAAAUAUCGUUACCUGCCGGACCUUCAUGCUCUGUUCCAGCGGGGAAGCUUGAGUCUGUCGGCGGGUGAGCUGCUCCAGGUGUCGGGCCACCGAGAGUGGAGAAAAUGCCAUCUUUUUCAUGGAGGGUUUGGCCUGCACUUGUGUUGCUUCUCCUCCCUUCCCCUGUGGCUGCAGAGGAGGCAUCACUACUGGAAGGCUGGCACGAUGUGUGGCUCUUCCGCUUCCUCGUCAACGUGCUAGGAUACUCCACCAUCAUCAUCCCUGGCUACUUCCUCAUUAGCUACUUCAAGCGCACCAAUUACUUAGAAACAGGUAGCGGGAUUUGCUUCCCUCUCAUUAAGACCUGCGUGUUUGGCAGUGAGGCUAAAACAGGUCUGUUGGAUGACGUGUCGGUAACACCCAGGAACGAGGCUGAUUCAGGCUUGUCAGUGAAACAGGUCGUCAAAUUAAUCUUUUGUGCUGCUGGGCUUCAGGUAGGGAUCCUCCUUAAAGUACACUCAUUGAAUACGUAUCAUUACAUUUGGUCUAAUCCCUAUAAUACGAUGCAAUUAGUUUUCUGUUUGCCAUAGAGCAGGAUGUUGUAUGUUUGCUUUACCUGCUGUCGGCCC